GGCGCUUUCUCUUAGGAACCGGAAAAGCGCGUGUGGCUGACGUUGAAACGGGAGCGAACGGUUUCUCCUCGAGGACCACUUGAACAGCUGUUCGCCAACCACCCAUUACCGCCAGGUGUAUAAUAUAUCCUCUCCAAAAUGAUCCAUGCAAUUACACUUCUUACGACUGUUGUCAUUGCACAGGCCAGUUUGUACAUACCACCAAUGAAGGAACACUAUCUCUCCGAUGCACUUUUUCGAGACCUGAUCGACCAAAUGGGGAAUGAGCUUGUAGAUGCGGCAGACACGUAUUUAAAAUACCAAGACGGUCCUCGAAUCCCUGGUGAAUACGGGAAAGCCGAGGAAAUUCCUAUGGAAAUGCCUUUAGACUAUGACGGGUUGGAUACGCAUAAUCCAAAUCCCAGUAUUCGAGAUCAAGAGUACUUACAGCAUAGCUCACUGUGGAGUCACCAAAGAAUGGAAAAUGGAGGAAUGGGCCAGGAUCGUCACAGAAUACAACCAGGAGGAUUGACGGGUAUUAAAGAUGAAAAAACGGAAAAUAAUUUGCCAGCUUACUGUACUCCGCCGAAUCCUUGUCCAAUAGGAUAUACCAGUGAAAAUAAUUGUAUUGUAAAUUUCGAAAAUACUGCGGUAUUCAGCCGAAAUUAUCAACGUGCUCAAGAUUGCAUGUGUGACGCUGAGCACAUGUUAGAUUGCACCAAAGGACCUGAAAAUAACAAUGCAUUACCAAAUAUGCGCAUCUCGCAUUCAGAUUUUGAUCAAAUCGUCAAGCAAUUUCAGGAAGCCAACCCAUACUUCCGAGGAGAAAAACUACCCAUUGCUGCAAAGAAAGGCAUCAAUGUCGGCUAUUAAUUUCCUAAUAGCAACAUCUUCCCAAAGGAAAAAGUUCAAUACCUGUACUAAUUAUAUUACAGUAUUAAAGCAUAAGUGAAAGUGAAAUUACUGAUACUAAAAUAAAGCAGCUUUAAAGGGGGUGUGGUUGGAAGAUUGCACUCUUUAUAUAUUUUUGUUUAUUAAUAGACAAUAUUCUAUCAAAGCAAAGCACGCGUUACAUUCUAUUUUUUUUUUUUUUCAAAAAUCAAGUGUAACUAUGCUGCAUUUAAUGAUAUGUUAUUCAAAUAUGUGAUGUGAAGUGAGAAUUAAAUAACUCGGUCAUAAAUCA